CAGACGUGUUGUCCGGACACAUUCUUGCCGCCAGCUGGCAUGAGACCUAAAAUAGCAGUAACCCAUUAACUCUCUUUGUGGAUCGGAAGGCGGAGAGACAGAAAAUGAGCUGGCUUCCUUUCAGGAGUAAGACGCAGCGGAGGAAUGAAGAAGAGAAUUUGACAACAUAAGCAGAAUCUUUUAAGCCGACUGAAAAAUAUAAAGAUGAAGACCAUCCAAUCUUUGGUUAUCAUUCUCCUCUUUGUGCAGAAGAUGACAAAGGCCGAUAGGGAUUGCGCGUACAAUAAGAACCUUAAACACUGUUACUGCUCGCAUCUGGACCUUUCCAAUAUCAUGCGCAUCAUUUCCUGCAUUCACGCUUCCAGUUUUGAAUUUAACGGAGGAAGUUUCAUUAACACAGAAGAUUUUAUGACCUUUAAUAUAGAGAUGGAACAGGUUCUAGGCAUGAUCCGCGUUCCGGUGACCAAGAUAAAUUUUGUCAAUGUAGUGAUGUCCGAGGAAUUUCUGUCUAUCUUUAUAAACUGGGUGCACAGGAUUCCAAUCAAGCUGCUUGAAUUUGAAAACACGACCUUCGUUGGCAAACCAUUUGCAACCACCAAGAGCGGGCUACCGCCUCUCAUAUCAUCGUUGCAAUUCAUCCGCAUGUCUUCACACCCAUUAAUCCAGAGAGAUUCUGCCUUCAGUGGGUUUGGCAACUGGAUGUCUAACCUGGAGAAUUUAUCUGUGAUGAGAUCUCAAUUAAGGAAUAUUCCUUGUAACAUCAGUCUUCACUUCCAAGCUUUGUCAUUUCUAGACCUAUCGGAAAAUCUUCUUCAAGACCAAGACGUCUCCUCCUCGUUUUGUAAUGGCUCUUUUCCCAGUCUCAGAACGUUAUCGCUCAGAAACAACAAUUUGGCUAGUUUCGAAAGAGUUUGCCAAAUUCUCAGCAAGUACGACCAAUUGGUACAUUUGGAUUUAAGCCAGAAUAAUUUCUUUAGCAAGCCAAACUCUUCCUGCGUGUGGCAGUCUUCUUUAAUUCGCCUAAAUCUAUCUAACACAAGGUUGGAAUCAGUGGACAUUAGUUUUCCACAAAAUUGCGAAGUGUUAGAUUUAAGUCACAACGAGAUUGAAUUUCUAAAUCUAUCAUUGUACAAACUGAGAGAGCUCUAUCUGUCCUACAAUAAGCUCUCGGCUCUUUCCAACAUGGGCAAGUUUCCUCUUCUGCAGGUCCUAGCCGUAGACGGGAAUCCAAUUAAGAAUCUGCAAGGAGGCCAGUUACAGUAUUUUAAACAUCUGAAGAGUUUUAAAGGUGACAAUAUUCCAUACACAUGCUCUUGCUCCUUUGUAGAAGAGAUGAAGGAAGUUGGCAAGUCUGGUUUAGAAAUUCAGCAGUGGCCAAAUGGAUACGUGUGCGACUCUCCUAUUUCGGUUAAGGAUAAGUUGGUCAACGAUGUCCAUCAUGCAUUCUUCGAGUGUCACACAUCUCUCUUAAUUGUCGUGAUAUGCAUUGGAAUAUUAAUAUUGUGUAUCGCCAUCAUCAUCUGCUUUGUGAAGAUUCAGCGGAGCAGCAAAACAAGAUCUCAGGAGAUACAGGCUGGGAAUUCGAAUAGUGUGCAUUUUCAAUCAUAAGGACGUUGCGGAGAAUGCGCGAGUAUAUCUAUCUAUAUCUAAAGACGUGUGUCAUGAUAUCGGCAAGGAUAUGGGACGUUAUGUCAAACAUAAUAGGCCUGGUUUUGAGUCACGCACAGGUACAAGGGGGAGAGGUGUCAAACAUUCGAGAGAGAUAAAGUGGAGAAGUUGCCAUAGCAACCAACCAGGUUUUAUUUGUCAUUUAUCUAGCACAGUCUAUAAAAGGACAGUUACAGCAGAAGCUCUGGGCAACCUCUCCACUUUAUCUGUCUUGAUACAUCUCCCCCCCCCCCCCCCCUCCAUGUGCGGUCGCAUUCAGAAGGCGGAUAGAUUUCCCAUGCACAAGGGCAGCUGUCAACACUUGUGUCGGUACUUACACCUAUCCCAUGCUGGGCGUGAAAGACUAGUCUGAAACAGGAGUCUCCUCUGCAGAUGCAAAAAAUAAAGGUACAAAACUGCUGAAUAGCGCCUCAGAUCAUGAAUAUAAUUUAUAUAUUUGUACAAUUGUUCCGUCACCUGCGCUGCCGUGAAACACUGUGUGUGUGUUUAUAAUAAAUGGAUAAUAAUAAGAAGAAACGGCUGCGCAAAAGUGGAAGAACAACCACCAAUGGCUAAUGGGGAAUAAUUAAUAAUAAGAGCUGACGUAGAAAAAGAAAAGAUUUAUUAUGUUAAUAACAUUAAAUAAAAU